GGACGCAAGCGCGGCGCUCGAGAGACUUUCCGAGGUUUUCCAAAAAAUAGCAAAACACUACGUGUUUCUGGUCGUGAAAGUAUCUUUUUCCAGUUAGGCAGUUCCUUCUGCAGUGGCCCCACCCUUCUUCUUCUUCCCUCCAUUAUUUAGGCCCCGAAAAAGAGCCUUUUCAAGUCAAAUCGAGGAAAAACCACGAGCAACACAGCUGAAAACCUAUUUAAGGACCGUUCUAAAAAAUCAAGGAUUUUCAUUCAUAUUAAAAGACCUCUUUCGACCAAGUCAGUUAAAUAAAGGUUUUUUCAGAGUGUGUGUGUCUAUGUGCGUGUGCGCGUGUGUCAGUGUGUGUGCCUUAAUCCAUUAAAAAUAAUUAAGCCCAAAUAAAAACAACACAUGUAUAUCUAAAGUCCGCGAAAAAAUAAAUAAAUACUUUUGAAAGAGCCAUAAACAAAUCGCAGUCUACGAAAUCCGUUCAAAGCUCGCGCCAAUAUUGCUCCAAUUUAAGAAAACGGCUUAGCAACAAUUGCAUUGAACAGUCGAACAACAACAGCAGCGAAAAAAACUGAAACUGAAAGCAACAACAACCCGUAAAUAUAGAAAGCUUAACAAUCAAAUCCAACAGCAACGACAACGAGGGAUUAAAAGCCAGUAACAACUAUAAAUGUGGUGGGUGCAUUAUUGCCAUUAACCAGAAAUCCCAAGAAACGACUCUGGACAGAAUGAUCGCAGAGCAGCUGGUGGUCAAAAGUGGCCCAAUGAAUCACUGAGAGAAACAGGAGCCCCAAAGGAAAGCGAUCCCCGGCUUUAAAGCACAGAGAACAAAAGAAGCACUAAAGCGCUUGAUUAACAGGUGGAUUAAACCGAAAGCGGAAUGGCACACUUUUGCUGGCUCCUCAAAUUCGGUUUUUUGCUGCUGAUGUUGUCCGGCUGCCGGACACGCCCCGCCCCCGAUCCCGCCCCUUUUCCAGGCGGCAGGCAGAGUGAGCUCAUCGCGGGCAACGAGUUCCUCAAGCUGUUCCUCGAUCACGAUGAUCAGCAGCGCAGUCUGCACAGCAGCGAGCAGGAUUUCGAGGGCAGAGGAGAGUCCCCAUCUACGUUAUCACCAAAUCCUAAUCCUCGCCAGCGAAUGGCAACUGGCAGGAGUCUGGAUGUGGGCAGGAAUCGCUAUAGGAAUUCCCUGAGUUCGGUAAUUUCUCCUGAAGAUGAGCAUGCUGAUUCCAAGCAGGUGGUGAAGCUGGUCACCUCGGGCAGUAAAAUAGUGUUUCUUGAAGAUGCCCCGAGUAAAAGCAAGGAUGAGGUCAAAGUGGUGGCCGUGAGUGUGAGUUCCUCCAGCAAAAGAGGAGGUCCUAGCUCUUCUUCUGGAGCCACAGGAAGUGGCACGGAUUUUGUAAACCGCUCGCAUAAAAGUGAGCUUUCCAUAGAGGAAACGGAACCCCGAUUGGCGGGUGAUUCCAUGGACAGCGAGGUGGAUUCCCUGAAUAGUGCCUCCAAUAUACAAAGUGUACUGGCUGCUCCUCUGCUGGCAGCUUCCUCUGCCCAUUCCUUCUUGAAAACCAACCAAAGUGAGGUGGCCGAUGAGGAAACUGCCUCUCCAGCAGCAGCAGGUUUGCCCUUUCAAACGGUGAUUUAUCAUGACACUAAACAGGGCAGCCGCGGUCCUCAGUCCAGAUCGAUAUCCUACAGUUCCAUCUCCCAAAAUGUAGACGAUUUGCAGACGUGGCAGCAGACGAGAAGUGGUAUUCUGGCCGAGGCCCAAAGAAAUGUGAGUGAGAGCCUGAAACAUGGCCAUGGUUCCUCGGAACCCGCGAAAUUCUAUUCGCUGCCCUCAAAAAUGUACAGUGUGCCGAGUAAAUUUUACUCGGAACCAGCAAAGGUCUACUCGGAACCCUCGAAAAUGUACGGUCAGCCGGAGAAGGUUUACUCAGAGCCCUCGAAAGUCUACGGGCAGCCCUCUAAGUUUUAUUCGGAACCAGCUAAGGUUUACUCGCAACCCUCGAAGGUUUAUGGGGAGCCUGCGAAGACCUAUUGGCCCCAGACACUGACCACCACCACGGCAGCAACAACUAAAGCUCCCUUGGGAAGCACCACUGCAGCCCAGUCUUUAAGUAGCACAAGUACAACUGGAAAACCCCUAACAACCAGCACUUUUGUACCAUUGAGAUCCCGACCACGACCUGCGAUUGUCUCGCGCAUCGCUUUUGGCGAGGCCCAGAGUACAGCAGCAACACCAAGCAGCACAGCAGCAACACCCAGCAGCACGGCAGCAACAUUGGCCAGCAGGGUCACCACAGUAAAGCCUCCUGGUGGAACUACUUCAACCAGCAUCAGGCCAACCACUUGGCAACAUCAUUAUCACAGCUACAGUCAGCAGCAACCAACUCGCCGAGUACUCUUCAAUUUGGAUAAAUUGCCUUAUGAUUUAUUGAAUGCACCGCAGCCAUUGGAUCCAAUUUUAUCAAAGCACUCAGGUCCGAGUCACUACCACCAGCAGCAGCAGCAACAUCUGCAGCAGCAACACGAAGCGCAACAGCAACAGCAACAUCCAAGUCCGUGCUGGGAGCAACAACGUCAGCAUUCAUCACCGCCGCAUCAACAUUCUAAUCAAAAUGCCAAAGGAUUGCCCAAUAGAGAUCUAGUCAAGUGUGUUUCCAAAUUUGCACACCAACAUGGAGCAGUCGGAUCGGCGGUGGACCCAUCAGCGCCAUCAACUUCGGGGUCAGGUGGUGGCUAUUCGUACAGCUCCAGCUCCAGCUCCUCGUCCUCCUCCUCAUCCGCUGGAUCUUCAGCUGGGAAACAACAACUGCAGCAUCAGCACUUUACCACCGAGCGCCCCGAGCUCUAUACUCCGACCUCAGAGCAGAAUUACGAAAUUGAAGAGUCCGUUAGUGUUAUGACAAACGGACGGGCCCAUGGACUGCAGGGUGGUGGUGCAGGUGGUGCAACCACGCCAGCCGGUCCAGUCCAAGCCAAUCCACCAAGCAGCACCACCGUGGCCACAAAUCGUGGCAUCAACAGAGGACGUGGCUCGGUGGUUUACAAUGCAAAUGCCAACGAUUAUUCGGAUGGCAGCGAUGACGAUGGUGGUGGUUCAGAUUCAACGGGGGAGGGCGGCGAUUCGGGAUCCGAGGGACAGAGCCCCACUGAUGACGAAGACAAAGUCGCCUACGUGGUCGAGGGACGCAACUACCGAAAGUAUCGCGUAGAGGAGAAGACCGACGAUGGCUUCAUCGUUGGCGAGUACGGAGUGGUGGACCACAACGAUGGCAACCUGUGGGGAGUGCGUUACACCGCCGACUCCACCAUCAAUCGCAGUCUGAUACAGAAGGCGUUGCUCACGUUUCUCAAGCUCAAAUAGGGGCCAAAUGGUCAGACUCCACGCGGAAAAACACUCGAAAUGAAGUAG